CGUAACGAACAUUACGUCCUUCGCAAAGGAACAAAGAAAAACAAUAUAAAUCAAUAAUAAUAAAAAAUUCACAAACAAAGAAAACCAAAGAAAUUUUGCCCUCACAUUAAAAGCAUCCAAAUAAUUGCUUAAGGAAUACAAAUUUAUGAAAUUAAAAUAAUUAACAAAAAGAUCUCUAAAAACAAGUGCAAUUAAAAAAGAAAAACAAGGUGGAUAUACAAACAGUGCUUCUAAAUGUUAAAGUGAAUGUUUAAACGAAAAUUGAAAAUAAAAUUUGCCAAUCAAUUUGUUAUAUAAAAAAGUUUUCCAAAAACCUUUAACAAUUUAUAACAUGAUGACAACUACCGCCUCCCAUGCUAUAAUGGCUCCUGUAAUACGCCCCCUACAAGAAAGUCCUGUAUCGCGACCACGUGCUGUCUACAGCAUUGAUCAGAUUUUGGGAAAUCAAACGAAGAGAAGCGAUUCUACCGAAUCCCUUAAUCAACAAUCUCAACAUCAUAUCACCACGAAUAGCAACAGCAGUGGCAGCAGCAAUCCCACCAGCCCCAUACAAACCUCAUUAUUGCCACAUUUACAUACCCACUUACAUUUGAUACCAUCCCAUCAGUUGGCAUUGCAUCAUCAACAUUUACAGCAGCAACAUCAACAACAGCAGCAGCAACAACAACAGCAUUUAAGCAAUAAUCAUCUGCAGCAACAUCAUCAAACGCAACAGCAUCACCAUCAACAGCAACAGCAGCAUCUACAGCAGCAGCAACAACAAAGUCAAUCACAACAUGCCGAAAAGCGUGAACGUGAAGACUCACCCGACAAUCUUGACAAUGGCCUGGAUGUGGAUAAUACCGACGAUGAUCUGUCGAAUAGUCUAAAUAAUGGUCAUGAUAUGGGUGAUAUGGAAAGGCCACGUAAAGUAAGAAGAUCACGCACCACCUUUACAACAUUUCAAUUGCAUCAAUUGGAGCGGGCCUUUGAGAAGACCCAAUAUCCGGAUGUGUUUACAAGAGAAGAUUUGGCAAUGCGUUUGGAUUUAAGUGAAGCACGUGUACAGGUUUGGUUCCAAAAUCGUCGUGCCAAAUGGCGUAAACGUGAAAAGUUCAUGAAUCAAGAUAAAAAUGGUUAUUUAUUACCCGACCAAGGUCUUUCGGAUUUCCCUUUGGGCAUACCACUUCCCCAUGGCAUUCCUGGUCAUCCCGCGGGCUUACCAGCAGAAUUCUGGCCACCCCAUUUUGCCUUACAUCAGCCCUUCAAUCCUGCUCUGCUGCCUCAGGGUUUAAUGCCCCAUUACAAGUUGCCCAAUUUCCAUACGCUGCUCUCCCAAUACAUGGGUUUGAGUAAUCUCAAUGGUAUCUUCAAUGCCAGCGCCUAUCCUCAAAAUCUUUCCCUGCACUCAGCCGCUCAAGUUAGUCCGCCCUGUAGCAAUAGCAGUCCUCGUGAAAGUCCCACUAUUGGUCAAAGUCAAGGCGGAACCACCAUAGUUUCGGGAGGUCUUACACUAACCUCAUCGGCGGCUGCUUCACCCAAAUCCCCCCUGAAUACCACAAAUACGGGUAGUGUAAGUGGCAACUCUACGCCAGUGUCAGUGGUAACAAAAUCAGAAGACUGAAGCUAAUUGUGGGGAUUUGUAGAGAAUUGCCAAAGCCAAAGUAAAAGCAGGAGCUUUUGACCAGGCCUAGAAGAGAUCAAUUGUAUAUAAAUAUUGUAGUUGAUUCGUUUGUAUAAUUUUAUUCUUUAUUUUCAAAGCCAUUUUCCAUGUUAAACACAAAGUGAUAUAAUCUAGAUUAUCUACUUAACCCUUAAAGAAAUCAGUAACCCAUUAUUGCCACUUGCCAUUAAGGGAAUGGACAUAAGGGUUCUAUUCCAAUUAGUUUUAGUUAAAAUUGUAAUAUAGCUUUUGGUUUUAAUAUUUUUUGACUAUUUUUUAUUUGUAGCCAUAUAUAUUAAAAAUAUUUUUUGUAAUAUUCCAAAUGCCAAUGGCAUAU